GACGAAAACAACGCUCCACGAACUACACCAAACGAGCAACCUCCCGCUGCCACUAACAAACAGCUCGCUCAAAGUAUGUUGAUUCUCUUUCUCGAAUGUCUCCUAAUCCAUUUUUCCUAAAAAUUCCCAACUUUUCUUUCCCCACAAAACACCAUAGGCUGACCUUUGCGCCCAAGACCAGAACACCCUACCUCGAUCAACAUGUCUGAUAGCGGAGAAGUCGAGGUCGCCCAGGCCAAUUACUCUGUUCUGCCUAGGGAAGUUACCGAUGAGAUUGGAAGCACCAAAUUGUUCAACAAAUGGAGCUAUGAGGAUGUCGAAAUUAGGGAUAUUUCAUUGACGUAGGAAAACCCUCCGAAUGCUUGUUUGGAUGUUUUAAGAAUAGAGCAGAGCACAGAUGGAGCACACUUCGCUGUGGGAGCUGUAUUAAAUAUACUGGGUAGAUGUAUAUGCGAACUAGAUGCUGACAGCAAAUAUCAAUCCAUUCUAGCGAUUACAUGAACAUCCGUACCCCCGUCUAUCUCUCCCAUUCCGCCGGUCGCUACGCAGUAAAGCGAUUCCGCAAAGCUCAAUGCCCCAUCAUUGAGCGCCUCACCAACUCCCUAAUGAUGAACGGUCGCAACAACGGAAAAAAACUCAUGGCUGUUCGCAUUGUCGACCACGCUUUCUCUAUCAUCCACCUCACCACAGACCAGAAUCCCAUCCAGGUUGCCGUCGAUGCCAUUGUUAACUGCGGUCCCCGCGAGGACUCCACUCGUAUCGGGUCCGCCGGCACUGUUCGCAGGCAGGCCGUCGAUGUUUCCCCCCUCCGCCGAGUUAACCAGGCUAUUGCCCUUCUUACCAUCGGUGCCCGUGAGGCCAGCUUCAGGAAUGUCAAGAGCAUUGCCGAAUGCUUAGCUGAGGAGUUGAUCAAUGCUGCCAAGGGAUCAUCCAACUCUUAUGCUAUUAAGAAGAAGGACGAGCUGGAGCGGUAAGAGCUCUUGUCCCACUUGCAUCUCCCACCCACAAAACUGACAUUUCUACCAUAGUGUCGCCAAAUCCAACCGUUAAUCUGGGUACUUCUGGGGUCAUACGGGUUUUUCUUCUAAAUAAAAUAAAAAGUUCAUCAUUCAUUAUGUGCGGUAAAACCAAAUUCGGGAUAUUACCAGCAGGUAUAUCUUAUUGUCCGGGUUACCUUUCAGCUGGAGGUGGUGUGACGUAUCUAUAAUGAUAUGAUUAACAAUCACAAAAAAUCAUAAAAACUUCUCCUUUUCUGGGCAUCUAGGGGCUGGUUUCUUUUCCUUUUCUUCUAUAAUCCACCUUUGUGUAUAGUUUCUAUCUCCUGCUUUCCUCCAGCAUUGGCAUACAGAUGCGAUUCCAAAUUUAAAACUCGAGUUCCGUGAAUCUUGUUUACCAGCUACGUGAUGGGCUAAACUCUCCCGUUACACCCUUGUUCUCGGGCACAACCAUGGGAAAAUAGUAUAAUAAAAAUUCCCCGGGAAACUUUUGCAUAUACAAUGACAUCCUGCACUAUUUUGCGAAGAAAUAUUAUCUCACACCAUCCACGUGCGCUGCGCCUAUACCACUAAAUAAAAGGCUAAGAUAAACACCAGGCGUCACUCCCGCGAGUGAUGGAAGAUGAUGACAGGUGGGAAGACAAGCAGAACGCUAGGCCUCCUCGACUGGCCCAGAUAAUAUCCAUAGCCACACCACCUACCGGCAUGAUAGCCAGGAUUCUACCUCCCACAAAAACAACAGUAAAACCAUCUGAUCCAGCACAUACUCUACCAGCCCAGCCACAGUCCGAAAGAAAAAAAGCGCAGAAAUUAGAAACGCCAACUAAUGCCGAGUUAAAUCCUACUUCAUUAGUAUUACAGCCUAGGCAUUUCAAUAGAGCAAAGUAUAAGGAGAUGCCGAUAGGUAAAUCAUCAGGCCAGGGCUGAGGCACGA